AUGUCUUCCGCGGCCCAAGCAAAAGCCUCCGAAGCCAGCUGGUUCCGAAGUAUACUCGGUGUCGUUAAUGGAGUAUACUGUAACGAUGUCGAUUGUCGAUGCGUCCGCAUUAAAUUGACAAAGAGUGAGGGUGGUAAAGAGCGCGAAAUUUGUACCAGUGGCAAGCAAUAUCGAUUUGACCAUUUGAACAAAAUCAAACGCCUGCUUUCCCAUCUUAGUAUUCUUUUGCAUUCUGCUGAGCCAGAAAAUGAUGCUGCCCUCUUGGCUGCCCUCUCCGAGCUUGCUGAAAUUUUUCUUUGCCCAACACAUAUCAAAACGCUGGGCACUUAUGUCAAGUACCAGUGGUUUUAUGAACUUCGAGACCCCGAGACAGUUGCUCUCAUUCUCUCAAUAUUGGAUUCUCAUCCCUCGCCACCAAUUACACCGGAAGCCCGAUCGGAUAAAUCAAAUUCAAUUAGCCCUUUCUCGUCUCCUCUGACCCCACCAGAGACUCCUGCGUUCGAUCCUCACACUUCUGCAUCACGGAGUCCCACAAAGGCAGCAUCUAAGACCGAGGAAGUGGUAGUAAAACGUCUUGGCAACACUGAUCAAGCACCGGGCUUCUUCUACGUCGGUUUCCACCCAGCGCAUCGCGGAAUGUUCCAUGUCGGAUAUACUGAACGAGACACCAAAACAGGACGUUUCCCAGAACAUGAGAUAUGUUACCCGGGUAUCAUCUGGUUAACAGAAAAAGAAGGACUUAGCGAGAAAGUCAUUCAAUAUGCUCAUCGACUUGAACAAAUUAUUUUGAAUAUUUUCGCUAGAGAACGCAGGAGUCUUAGGAAUAGUUGUCGGAAAUGCCAAAAGGUCCAUGGUGAAUGGCUAGAAGUUGAGAAGACUGUUCUCCUUGAUGCGGUUACAGAAUGGAGUGCUUAUGUUCAGGAAGCCUAUGAUGAAAAGGGACAUUUUCAUUCAAAUGUUAAGAUGCCGAGUCUUUAUCCACGCACGCGGGCUUCGAGGGAGGAAUUAGAGCCUGAACUGGUCACACCAUGUCAGAAGCCGAGUGUGAGAGAGACUUUAAUAUUGCCGCCUACUCCACCUGAGUCACCUGAUACUAUGCCUGGUUCGUUUAUUGAGGACCCGUUCGAUCGUUACGAUGAUGAAGGGAGUCCUCAGAAGAGCAAGGGGAUCUUUAACUUUGAUAACGUGAAGCGUGUUUUAUUUCGGAAAGGGGAUUAG